ACUCACCAAGAGGUAGCGCAGGCGUAGCUUCUACAUUCUCCCCUCCCUCUGCUCUCCGCCCUCAGCUCUCCUCUUACUAAGUGUCUAUGUAUAGGCAUGGAAACUGCUAUGGCUCCCGUAAUAGAAACUGUUCGAGACUAUGAUGUCAAGCUAUUCAACCACUGGGACUUCGACGUUGGGGCAUGGAAACUGCUGUGGCUCCCACUAUAGAAACUGUCCGAGACUAUGAUGUCUAGCUAUUCAACCGCUAGGACUUCGACGUUGAGGUGCGUUAUAUAAUUGUUCAUGGCUUGAUAGGAUAAUGUUGUGUGGUUAUUAUGUUGAUGAUUGAUUUAUAGUCCCAAUGGUUCAUUCUGCUAAUGUUAUAUAGUUAUUUUAAAUUUGUUGCAAAAAUACAUUUUGUAAAUGGUU